GGUGUUCGGUUUUGUGCCUUGUGCUUUCAGCUGUCAUUCGUGGCUGGUAUUAGUGGUAUUUGAUGAUAGACGUGUCCAAAAUGAAAAUGAUGAGCUGAAUCAAAAAUUUUAAUAAAUACUAGGAAACUAUAAAUAAAUUUAAUAAUUAAAAGAGCACAGCAAGCAACAAUGGAGGAUGAACUACUUGGAUCAGGGGGUAGCAAAAGCAAACUUUCCCAAAUAUGUACAGGAAUAUCACAGAGGUAUCAAGGCUUCUUGGACAAGACUGUACCCUGGCAGAAAGUUCGAUGGGUCUAUACCAUCUUACUCCUCCUGGGGUUCGCAACCCGCAUUAUUAUAGCUCAGGGAUGGUACAUAGUCACAUAUGCUUUAGGAAUUUACCAUCUAAACUUAUUCAUAGCAUUCCUGACACCUAAAAUAGAUCCUGCGAUGGACUUUGAUGCAGAUGAAAAUGGUCCGGAACUACCCACAAGAGCAAAUGAAGAAUUUAGACCAUUCAUCAGGCGGCUACCAGAAUUCAAAUUUUGGUACUCAGUGACUAAAAGUACAGUUAUUGGUUUAAUUUGUACAUUCUUCGAUUGCUUCAACAUACCAGUAUUCUGGCCCAUUUUAGUUAUGUAUUUCAUCACUUUGUUCUGCAUAACAAUGAAAAGACAAAUAAGGCACAUGAUAAAGUACCGAUACCUGCCUUUCACCCACGGGAAGCCAAAGUACCAGACCACUGAAACAGGCGAAGUGCAGAAUAUGUGAUGGCAGUUCAAAAGUCAAAAAUGGCCGCAUCUCGGGUAACUCCUCUGGGUUUCACCUUCACUUAUGAUCCAUUUUUUUAAGUAGCCUCAAUAAUUUUAUUUAUUUCUGUUCUAACUGACAUGUUUAGUGACGUUUUUAUGGGACCUGAAAAUAACGACCCGCCCACAAGUGUGAUUAAAUUCAAAUAGCGCUGGUAUCUCAGAAAAUUUAAAUAAUAGGCUUAAAGCUAAAAAUAUAUGUACGCAAGAUAAUGAAAUGUUCUAACCUUACAUUUUUGUGUUCUAAUUUAUCAUAUUUCUUUUCAAUAUCAUUUAUUAUAUAAUAUAAGAAUCGUACCUAGGCGCAUUGAAGGAUAAUUUGUCCUGCUUAAUGCAUAUGAAAUAAUACAAAGGGUUUUAAAUUUAGGUAGCAAAUAACACAAAACAAAAGUGAUAGUCACAAAAUAAAUGGCACAGCAUUCCAGUAUACUUGCUAUAGGGAAUGCCUAUCAUCAGGUCCAAUUUCUCUGAGAAAUCAAAGCUGGACAAGUGAAAUCCAUAGUAUAUCAUUUGUAACAUAUUUUCUCAGCUUACGACUACUUUGAAUAAGGAAAAUUAUACUGCCUCUCAUCCAUACAAGAUGAAUUUUAGACCCAAACUGUAAACGAUGAACAAACCACAGGGCAGAGACCGUCAUUGGCACAGUACAAUGAUGCAAGUCGACGGCGGAUGUAAAAAAGACAGAUAGAUCAUGCAUCAAUUAAUUAAGCGCCAUCAAAACGGAUUAAAUGGUGGUUGAAUAAUAUACAGUCCGUCGAUUUUAAUCUGAUACUCCAAAGGAAUGUGAGCUGGUGGCUCCCUACGUUAGAUCGCCAAUGGUCACUUGACGUCACACCUGUUUUUACCAUAUGAAACACUCCUCAUACGGAGAAGUGUCAGAUUAAAAAUUGAAAACGACGGACAAUAUAUAACUGGUAUAGUCUAGACCCAAUUGGAGCUCUAAAGCAAUUAUACAGAAAUGAGUAACUUGCUUCUCAAACACCUUAUUAGGUACAGGGUAUUUGAUUAUAUUUGGAACCAUACCUACAGCCUUUACUACACUCAUCAAAAUAGUCUAGGGAACAAGAAAUAUCUGUCUUUCAAUUUUAGGAAAGAACAACUUUUUAAAAAAGAUAAAGUGAGUAUUUUUAUUGAACAAAUUUUGUCAAAUUUACCAUGUCGGCUUUUUUUUUGCAAACUUAUUUAGUUUAAAUAUUUUAAAAAUAAAAUCAGCAAAAAUUUCUGAUAAGUAUAGGAAUUAUCUUGUUCCCUAGACUAUUUUGAUGUGUGUAUUUGAAAUAGGAAAAAAAUUUAAAUUCAAAACAGUUUUAUUCUAUAUUUUCUUUUAUCGGUAUCAGAAAAAAUAAAAUCGCAUCGGAAAAUGGAGAAACGUAGACAACUUCGACUUUUUUAAUGGGACACCCUGUAAAUUAUGCGAUAAAAUGAAAGAUCUUUCCUUCCUGAUUUCAAAUAUAUAUGCAUUGAUCACAUUUGGGUGAGCCGCUUUUGAUAUAUCUUAGCUCAAAUUAUAAAUAAAAUUCAAAGAAAUUUUAUAAAGAUUUAAAUGUCUUGACAUCUUUAUGAAAUUUCUUUGCAAAUUAUUGAUAAUUUAAGCUAAAAUAUGUCAAAAACGGCUCACUCAAAUGUGAUCAAUAUAUAUAUAUAUAUAUUUGGAAUCAGGAAGAAAAGAUCUUUCAUUUUAUCGCAAAAUAUACAGGGUGUUCCGUUAAAAAAAGUCGAAGUUGUCUACGCUUCUCUAUUUUCCGAUGCGAUUUUGUUUUUUCUAAUAACGUUAAAAGAAAAUAUAGAAAAACACUGUCAAGUUUUGUAUUUAAAUUUGUUUUCUAUCUUAAAUAGUAAAGGCUGUAGGUAUGGAUCCAAAUAUAAUCAAAAACCAUGUACCUACCACACUGUCAAUUUCAAUUUUAUCCCAAGUAUUUAACUUUGACACACUUCCUGAAUGAAAACUCCUAAGAUAAUAUAGAUAAUAAUUUUCGACUUUUUGUUCAAGCACUAUUCCCAAAAUUUGCUCAUAUUGUUACAUCACUGUCACUAAACAUUGUCUGUUUUAAUAAUUAUAUUCUGGAAUAACAUAAGCAAGACAAACAAUUUUUCAAGAGACUUAAAUAUUACAAAUAAUGUCUAUAGUUAUUUUAUUUUUAAUUCAUUCAAGGCUUGAUGUAUUUUCGUUAUUGUAUAUAGACGGUUAUUCCAGUCACAUUUUUAUGUUGAUAUCAGAAGUAAGUGUCACCUAGUAUUAUUUAAUAAUUUUUUAUAUGAAGUAGGUAUAUAUUAUAUUAUGUUGAAAAAUCCCUUGUGUGCGACCUUUUUUAAUGUCAAUGGUGACAUUGGGUUUUAUGUAAUAUAUGUUUUGUCGUUAAUA